CCCCCCUUUUCCACGUUUAGCAAAUGUCGUCGCGUAUUAUUGUUAAGAACCUGCCAAAGAAUUACUCGGAGGAGCGGUUCCGCGAGCACUUUAGCAGCAAGGGCGAGGUAACCGACGCCCGCCUGAUGCACAAUGCGCAAGGGGACUUCCGGCGGUUCGGCUACAUCGGGCCAAAGGCAGCGCUCCGGUACUUCAACAACACAUUCAUCGACACGUCCAAGAUCGUAGUGGAGGAGGCGCGGCCAUACGGCGACGCAGCGCUGCCACGCCCCUGGUCGGUGUACACCAAGGGCACGACCUUGUAUAACCGUGCGCAUGGCAUAGAUCCGAAUGAGGAGAAGAAGAAAGUACAGGCGGACGACAAGCAGCGGAGCCAGCGCGCAAUCCGCACCCUGUACGAGGAGAUCCUGGCUGGCAACCAGGACGACCCGAGGUUCAAGGAGUUUUUGCAGGCUAUGGCGCCGCGUGCAAAGAACAAGACGUGGACCAAUGACGAUUAUGCCAACUGGCAGGAUAGCGAGAUCAAGGCAGUGGAGAAGGCGGUUGCUGCGCGGCGAGAGCAGAUCGAGGGCAAGGGCGCUGUGAAGAAUAAGGCCAAGGUGGAGAUGGUCGUCAAUAAGAAGCCUGGAGGUGCGGGGCAGAUGGUUGCCAAGACCCACGUCAAGUUUGGCGACUCCGAUGAUGAGGGUGAGGGUGAGGACGAGGACGAGGAGGACGAGGCGGCCGGCGACGAUUCAAAGAACGACAAUCUGUCGGACCUUGACUGGCUGCGCAUGCACAUGAGCUCCAAGCUUGAUGACGAGGAUGUGUUUGGCGAGGCUGCUGAGCCUGCAAAGCCCGAGGCCGACCCCGAGACCAAGUCCGAUGAGCAGGCAGCCAGUGCUGAAGACGCCGAGAAGAUCGUGCCGACCGAUCCGCCCACCGAUGCCGUCAUGCAGAUCCAGGAGACCGGACGGCUGUUUUUGCGGAACCUCCCCUCCGCAAAGGCGUUUGAGAAGUUCGGCCCUCUGUCAGAGGUGCAUAUGCCGAUCUCCAAGGAUACGAAGCGGCCCAAGGGCUUCGCAUACAUCCUGUAUCUGCUGCCUGAGCACGCAGUCAAGGCAUUCAAGGCCAUGGACAACCAGUACUUCAUGGGCCGGCUGCUGCACGUGCUGCCCGGCAAGGAGAAGCCGCAGGCGCGCGAGCGCGAGGACCAGCAGGGCGGAUUCAAGUCCAAUGUGAAGAAGGAGCGUGACGCGAAACUCAAGGCACAGGCCGGCAGCGACUUCAACUGGAACUCUCUCUACAUGAGCGCCGACGCCGUGGCCGACUCGAUCGCCGACCGGCUCAAGAUCGCCAAGGCCGAUCUGCUGUCGGCCGACUCGACCAGCAACCCGGCGGUGCGCCUGGCCCUGGCCGAAACACACAUCAUCAACGACACCAAGCGGUUCUUCGAGGAGCAGGGCGUCCGGCUGGAGCGCUUUGAGAAGCGCGAGCGCAGCGACACGGUGGUCUUGGUCAAGAACAUCCCGUUCAGCAUCGACGAGGACGAGCUGCGCGCGCUGUUCGGCAAGUACGGCAGCCUGGGACGUGUGCUGGUGCCGCCGUCGCGUACAAUCGCCAUUGUCGAGUUCCUGGAGCCCAGCGAGGCCCGCACGGCGUUCCGCCAUCUGGCCUACAAGCGCAUCAAGGACGCGCCCAUCUAUCUCGAGCGCGCUCCCAAGGAGAUUUUCACCACCGCCUACGACCCAGCCAUGGAUGCCGAGCGGGCCGAGAAGGCCAAGGCUGUAGCCGAGAGCAAGGCGCAGGUCGAGAAGGUUCACGAGGCAGUCCACGACACGGCGCAGUCGCAUGUGUCGACGCAGGGAGCCAGCGCGCAGGGCGAGGUUGGCCGCGUGCUGUUCGUCAAGAACCUGAACUUUGAUACCAACGAGGACACCCUGCGGCAGCUGUUUGGCGGCGUCGACGGACUAGCCAGCGUAGCCAUCCGCCGCAAGAAGGACCCGAAGCGGCCUGGCAAGUGGCAGUCGAUGGGCUUCGGCUUUGUUGAGUACAAGACAGCCGAGGCCGCGCAGCAAGCACUCAAAUCAUUCCAGGGCGCCGAGGUCGAUGACCAUGCGCUUGAGAUCAAGAUGUCCGACCGCGUGGCCAAGACCUCAGCUGGCGACACAGACGAGUCGCGUGCUAGCCUGGCCGGCGCCAAGAAGCCGAAGGGAACCAAAAUUGUCGUCAAGAACGUGCCGUUCGAGGCGACCCGCAAGGAUAUCCGCGACCUGAUUGCCACGUUUGGCCAGAUCAAGUCGGUGCGCCUGCCCAAGAAGUUUUCGGGUGGCCACCGUGGUUUCGCCUUUGUCGAGUUUUUGACCCCGCAGGAAGCUCAGCAUGUGCUGGACACUGUCAAGGAUACACAUCUGUACGGCCGCCAUUUGGUGCUUGAUUGGGCCGAGGAGGAGAACAGCCUGUCGGCUAUUCGCGAGAAGGUCGGGCGGCAGUUUGCCAAGGACUCGGGCGAGCAGGGUGCCGGAAGCAAGCGGCGCAAGAUUGAGAUGGAGGCCGACGGUGACGAAGACAUGUCGUCGGACUCUGACUAGGAAACUAAAAAAAAAUACAUGCCACUACCAUAAAUCGC